AGGAAAGUGUUGGCGACGGCAAUAGAAUCACGAGUGUUGUGUCCCGCUAUCUUGUCUGCCUAUCGGAAAGCAUGCAAGGAUGUCGCUGCUGGAAAGUCGAAUCCGACGCAGUGUAGAAGCGGACCAGUGGUGGAGUUUUUAAUGUCAAUUGUGGAAGCCCAUUUUACAGUGAUUGACCGUAAAGCAGUUGGAGUCCUUGUUCGAGAAGUCGAGUCGAUGUUCAUCGAGUUCUUCGACUACAGACGAUUGUUCGUGAAGGACUUUAGGAAACCGAAAGAAUAUGCGACUGUGGACUUGAAUGUUAGCAGGACAGAAGAUUCUAUCGUGAAAGCGUUCCUGGCUCCCAUUAUGAAGCUUUCCGCUGAAGGAUUUGCUCCUGUGUUCUACAAG